UCGAGAGACACAGAAGGAGGAGGAGACGAUGUUGUCGCUGAAGGGAUGUAAUGCGCCGGAUCAGCUCCGAUCCCUAACUCAAUGCCGAUCUAUCGCCCCUCCCAAAGUAUUGACUCGCCGUGGAAUCGCAGUUGUCUCUUGCUGCUCUUCCUCUUCCACUUCCCCGCCCCUUACCGCUUCACGAGUUUCUGAUCUCGCCGUAUCGGAACGGGCUAACGGUACGGGAGGGACAACAUCAAACCGGUCCGCCAAUGGGUCGGCGAGCUUGCGGGACGAACUCCGGCUUGGGAGCUUGGCUGAAGAUGGGCUUUCUUACAAGGAGAAAUUUAUUGUGCGGAGUUACGAAGUUGGGAUUAAUAAGACCGCUACUAUGGAAGCCAUUGCCAAUCUCAUGCAGGAAGCUGCAUUAAAUCAGGUUCAGAACUUAGGGUACUCCACAGAUGGGAUGGGGACAAGCUACACCAUGAGACAGUUGCAUCUAAUAUGGGUGACUACUCGCAUGCACAUUGAAGUUUACAAAUACCCAGCUUGGGGCGACAUGAUUGAGAUUGAGACAUGGUUCGAAGCUGAAAGAGUUGGGACCAGACGUGAUUUUAUUGUCAAAGAUGCCACUGGUACAGUUAUUGGGAGAGCCAGCAGCAAAUGGGUGGCGAUGAACCAAGACACAAGACGACUCCAAAAAGUCAAUGACAAGGUGCUGGAAGAAAUUAUGACUUACUCUCCACGAACUCCACGGUUAGCUUUUCCAGAGGAGGAUAACUGUAGCCUGAAGAAAAUCCCCAAGCUUGAAGAACCCGCACAGUAUUCUAAACUAGGGCUUAAGGCUAGAAGAGCUGAUCUGGACAUGAACCAGCACGUAAACAAUGUCACCUACAUUGGAUGGCUUCUUGAGAGCUUGCCUCAGGAAAUUAUUGACACUCAUGAACUUCGAAAGGUCACAUUGGACUACAGACGAGAAUGCCAACAUGAUGACAUGGUUGAUUCCCUCACUAGUAUGGAACUGAUGGAGGAUGCUGAAGCAAUUCCAGAGCUUAAUGGGACAAAUGGGUCUGCCAUUGAGAGGAAAAAUGAAGAAGACUGCUGUCAGUUCUUGCAUUUCGUGAGAUUUUCAGGUGGUGGACUGGAAGUAAAUCGGGGUCGCACUGAAUGGAGAAGAAAAUCAACGAGAUAGGACAGUUUUCAAGCCGAUGUGAUGAGAUAGAUUGACUACUUAGUCUAUCUUACCCUUUCCCAAACUGAUUGGGGAAGGAAAUAAAAAUUCAGCUUUGUGCACCUCAGCUUGUCCUUUGCUCAAGCUGGGAAGUUUUGCUAGUCUUAAGUUGGGAGUUCCUUGUGUUAUCGUUUAUCAAUCCCUCUUUCCUCUGGUUGUGUAAUUCUACAUGUGGGUGUUAGCUUAGCAGUCUUCAUCUGUGUAUUGAGU